AAGGUGUGAUGAGGAUCAAGGCAUGCACUCAUUCGUACAUCCACAUCCUUCUCCCCGCAUCUAUCGCUGCGCCCAAGAGAUCACCGAACUCGACCCUAAAUGCCUCACCGGCUUUCACCAACAGCCCCUGCCGUUCCUUCCGAGUUCCGCUUCCUCCUCCGGCAAGUCGUCCUGCCGUCGUUACCCCGCACCGCCGGUAGCGCGCACAUGAGGACGGCAUCCGCAUUCGCGGUGCUCCCCGUCCUCCUCCUCCUCCUCCAUGCGGCCCUCCUCUCCCGCCACCUCGCAUCGGCCGCCGUCGCCACAGACGGCCGUCGCACAAUCAUAGGCGACGCAAAUGUCGCAGACAAUUCGCACAGGCGACAACUAGAGGGCCCCUUGGUGUCGCACGGGCCGUACCACCGGCAGCUGUGGAACCCGUUCGGCGGGCUGUUCAAGAAGCCCGUCAAGAAGCCGCCGCCCAAGACGGGCGUCGGCAAGCAGGCCGCCGCCGUGGCGUGCGAGGGCGUGCAGUGUCCGCAGGGCGCGACGUGCGAGGCGGACGGCAGCGGCUUCCCCUUCUGCAAGUGCGACGGGGGCCUCGCGCUCAUCAACGGCUCGUGUGUGACAGCCGUGGACGGGCAGGCGGUGGCGACGAGCCUCGUGCUGUACGCGCAAGAGGGCUUCGUCCCCGCGCCCCCCGCCGUGCUGCGCGGGGCCAUCCCCAACCGCACGUGCGUCAACCUGCCCGCGUCGCACGCGGGCGCCAUCGGGUCGCUGCGCAUCCUGUGGGGCGUGAAGGAUGGCAGCGCGGCGCCCGGCCGCGCCGUGUGUGGCAAGGUGUUCUUCUGGGACCAGCCCGACUGCUGCUGCUCCGGGUCCGGGUGGGAGAUCCCGGGGGGAUGGAAGGCCGCCAACGCCGCCAAGCUCAACUACGCGCCCACCAGCAUCCAGGUGACGUCAGGCGUGGUGGCGGCGGCGCAGUCCAUGUCGUGUCAGGCCGCCGCUGACCCCGCUGCCGCCACGCAGCCCGGCACUGGCGUGGCCACGGGCAGCACGGGCAGCACGGGCAGCACUGGCGGCACGAGUGGCGGCAGCAGCAGUGGGCCGUGUGCGGCGACGGUGUGUCCAGCGAACUCCGUGUGUGCGGCGCAGGGCACUGGCGCCACGUGCAACUGCGUGGUGGGGUACUCCAAGGUCGACGGCCUGUGCCAGGCAAUAGACAUCUGUUCUCUCGUCGCGUGCCCCGCCACCUGCACCUGCUCCUCGACCAAUGGCAUUGCCAAGUGCUCCUGCCCAGACGCAUGCUAUGGCAUCAAGUGCCCAGACGUGUCCACCUGUGUGGUGCAGAGCGGUACCCCGGUGUGCAAGUGCCCUGCGCCCUUCGUGCGCCUCAUCGACGGCAAGUGCUCGUCCGCCGCGCUGCUCCACUCCGACUACCUCGAUGUGCACAACGCCGCGCGUGCCGCAGUGGGCGCCGUGCCACUCGUGUGGGACGACGCAGUGGCGGCGCACGCGCAGGCGUGGGCGACUACGCUCACCAACAGCACGUACAACUGCGGCCUCUCUCACGGCGGCAACCCGGGCGAGGGGCAGAACCUGUCGGGGGCCAGCCCGUCGGGGUGGGCGACGCCCAGCGAUGCGGCGCGGUGGUGGGUAAACGAGGGGCAGUGGUACUCGCCGGCCGUCUUUCCUGAUGGCUGCGAGGGCGGCAGCUGGUGCAAGUGCGGGCACUACACGCAGGUGGUGUGGAACAGCACGCGCAAGGUGGGGUGCGGCAAGGCAUCGUGCGGCACGGCGGGGGACGUGUGGGCGUGCAACUACUACCCGCCCGGCAACUACAUGGGCCAGAUGCCCUAUGUGCCAGACCCUUGCUUCCGUGUGCUGUGCCCUUCCACCGCCACGUGCUCUGCUGUCAAUGGGCAGCCCACCUGCGUGUGUGCGCCCGGCCAAGUGCUUGUGAACAACGCGCAGUGCCAAACCGACCCCUGCAAGGGCGUGAGCUGUCCAGCGGGCGACCUGGUGUGCGACGGCAGCACGGGCACGGCGCAGUGCGUGUGCCCUAAGGGUCUGCUGCUCGUGGCGCCCAACACGUGCCUGGCGCCCUCAUGUGUGGGGGUGGACUGCCCCUCCACGGCUCGCUGCAGAGCCAGCAGCGGCGGCAUCCCCUUCUGUGCCUGCCCCGCCUCCUCCUCCCUUGUUAACGCCUCCUGCAUUCAAGCGGCCCCUGCGACGGUGGCGUCGAGCGUCACGCUCUUCAACGCGCCUUCCUUCGCCAACUCGCCCGCCUCCCUCGCGCCCAUUGUGCUGCGCGCACCCACGCCCGGCGCCGGCUGUGUGAACAUCCCCGCGGCGGUGGCGGGGGCGGUGGGGUCGCUGCAGAUCCUGUGGGAUGCGCCCGACGGGGCAGCGGGUACGCGGCAGGUGUGCCGCCUCAUGUGGUUCUGGAACGGCGCCAACUGCUACGGCCACGCCACCGGGUGGGGGCGACCCACCAGCAACGUCACCACCGCUGCGAGCACGAGUGGCGAUGUGGCGGCAUUGCGAGCUAUAAGCUGUGCGGCGUGAGGGAAGGGAGGAGAGCGCCUUCUCGGCAUGCAGUCAUGUAGCUAAUGGGACGGCUCCUUGUGUGAUACCAACUUGCCUUGUAUUUUGUUUGUAAUGUACGGUAUUGCUUGUUGGAAAUAAGGGCGUGUUCAUGCUCUGCUCGUUAGACGCACACAGUACUAUACGUACAUAACAUAUGCAAGUUGGUUCAACUCGGUUCAU